AUGUUAAGAUAUGUAGAAUAUAAAGGAGAUAUUAAAAUAAUGAUAGAUGAAACAGGAAUAGGUAAAAGAGAAAUAUUAUUUGAAGGAAAAAGUAAAAUUAAUGGAAUAAUUUGGGUUGAAGAAACAUUAAAAGAAGAAAAUAAAGGAAAAUAUUCAAGAAAACUUAUGUUUGAAGGAGAAAGAAGUUUAGUUCAAUCAGAAGGAAUUGUUAUUAAUAAAGAAAUUGAUAUUGUAGAAAGUAUUAAAGAAGUACAGUAUUUUAAAGGAAUUGUUUAUGGAUUAAUUAAUGAAAUUGGAGAAAAUAAUAAAGAUAUUAUUAUUCUUGGUGGAGGUGUUCAUAUUUUAGCAAGUGGAAUUAAACAUUGGUGUAAAAAGACACAUGUAAUUAGUGUUGAAAUUGAUGAAAUUGUUAAUGAAGCAGGAAUAAAAUGUUUUAAUACAGGAGAAGAAAUAGAAAGAUGUGUUUGUGAUGGGAUUGAAUAUAUUAAUAAAAUGAAAGCAGAUUAUAUUAUUAUUGAUGUUGAUUGUAAAGUUAAAAAUGAAAAUGAUAUUGCAGCACCACAUCCUAAAUUUAUUGAAGAUUCAAUAAUUGAAAAAAUGAAAUUAAAAAUUAAAGAUUUAAAUGGAGGAAUUAUUUAUAAUAUCCUUGCAAGAAAUGACACACAACGAAUCGAUUUAAUUAAUAAAAUAAAAAUCCAUUUCAAUAAAGUUUAUUUAUGGGAAAGUGAUGAAGAUGUUAAUGUUAUUUUAUUUUGUUUUAUUUCAAAUAUAGAUAGAUUCAAUUCUUUUAAUAAUACUAUUCUUGAUUUUUAUAAUUCACUUACUCAAAUUAAAUAA